AUGAACCUAAGAGAGGACAAGGAACAAAGGGUCUGCCAUCCUUUGGUAGCACCAUUGUUAAACAGCAGUGACCUGCAGCAGUUCAGUAUAGAAGAGAAUGGCGGAACACCAUUUACUGGGUCAGCUAUUGGAAGACGUCACCACCCUAACCAUGGUCUGAUCCCUUUGGAGUUGGAGGAUACAGAUACUUACCAUUGUAUGCCGAGUCCAAACAAAUUGAGCUUGGUUGCUGUGCCACACUAUGAAGAGAUUGGAAUGUGUUUUAAGCAGGUGGAAAUUGAAUCCAACAAGAUGGUUGGACAGUGGCCCUCACUGCACAUCAAUAUGAAUAACAAGGGUGACGAGAAGAAGCUAUCGGAAAAGGGCCUCCAUCCUCCAACUUCACCUCUAUCACUUCCUGAUCAAAUGAAGAGCAAUAUCCUUAAGGCUCAAAUGGAUGCUGCACUGAAAGUGGGAGCAGAGGUUGUGAAAGAGGAUCCAGAACUGGCCAACCACAGUAAAUGUUCCAGUGUGCAUGCAGAUGCUGUGAGAUGUGCAGCACCAUUACAAGAUGGUACAGCAGUAAGUGGGGUUCAGGAGAAGCAGCGACCUAAAGCCCCACGUCUGAGGAAGCUUAUAAGGCAGUAUAGCUUUAAUCACAGUGAUGAGGAUGACCUGCCACCUGCUUUGGCUGCCGCGACUCGAAGCAGCCCACCUCCUGCCAGUAAACCACCAUCUUUUGAAAUUCCUCAGUUGCACGCUCCAAUCUACUGCAAGAAUAGUUUUGAUCAAGAUCAUCCAGACUUGGCUGCUCCAGGGGAUUUACUGAUGGACUUCACAGAGGCCACUCCUCUGAUAAAGACUGUACCAGCCAAUGCUUUUUCAUCUGCACCACAAUUUCCAGUGGAAUUAACAGACAGCCUGUUGCAGUGUUAUGACCUCCCACCAUCUCCAGGAAAACCCUCAUCAGUAAUACCUUUGCAUGUAGUUAGACCUCUUACUGAUCCAUCAAAAUCUUCAUCAGCAACAUGUGUACAUGCAGCUGGGCCUCUGAUUGAUCCAGGAAAAUCAUCCUUAAUGCCUUUGCAUGCAGUCAGGCCUCUAAACGACCCAGGAAUUUCUUCAUCCGUAAUGCCUUUGCAUGCAGUCAGGCCUCUGACUGACCCAGGAAAAUCAUCAGCAAGGCCUUUGCAUGCUAUGAGGCAUUUAACUGAUCCAGGAAAAUCAUCAGUAAUGCCUUUGCAUGCAGUCAGGUAUCCAAGUGAUCCAGGAAAGUCAUCAGACAGCACGGGCCCAAUGCAGGUCAAGCUUGUGGCAUAUAAAAUCUGUGUGCAAACAGUUCUUCUUUAUGGAUCCAAAUUCCUGGAGACGUAG